AUGGCGCGGCAUUCACUCAGAUGCUUCCAAGCAGCAUUCCUCGCUCACUUUGCGGUCUCGGUGGUUAUUCGUGCGGAGCAAGACUCCAAACAUUUUGCUCUCAACUACACAUCAAAUUCUGCUUGUAAUCUCCCGGUUCCGCUCCCCAUACCCAAAGAUCCAACUCUGAAGCAGUACGGCAAAGGCACGUUCAGGCAACCUCUACAUCACAAAGCACCUGAGCUGGGCAAUUUCACAGUCAACUACUACUGGAAUAGUACCUUCUGGGCUGGCUCGGGCUCUCCCAUCGUUGUCUUCUUACCCGGUGAAGUUAAAGCCGACCGACACUUGGUUUUUUCAAGGCCAGACUUCUCUCUCGUCGGGAUAAUCCCCGAAAACUUGCGGGCCGCUGUAAUCGUGCCGGAACAUCGCUAUUACGGUGGCAGCUCACUAUUUUCUGAACUCACGACUAGCAAUCUAAGCUACUUGACAGUCGAAAAUGCUCUACUAGACAUCGUCAAUCUCGCCAAUCAUUUUGACCCGCCGUGGACUGACGCCUCCAGUACUGCACAAGACGUACCUUGGAUUCUCACUGGUGGCAGCUAUUCCGGUGCCCAAACAGCUUGGAUCGCUAAUGUUUUCGGAGGAGUCUUCUAG